CCGGCUCCACGGGGAAGCAAGGAGAGCGGAAGACUAGGGAGAUGGGGAUCCUGGGGGAGUGACGGCCCGGAGUCUAAGAGACGGGGCCGGAAGGUGGCGGGAGGGGGCCGAACCUGAGCCGGCGGGAGGGCCAGGCCCAGAAGCCCCCAACCUGGCUUACCCGCCCCGGCCGCGGCUGAGGAGGAAGAGGAGGAUGAUCUCCAGAUACACUCGGAAGGCGGUGCCACAGAACUUAGAGCUGAAAGGAAUAACAAAACAUGCUCUUAAUCAUCAUCCCCUUCCAGAGCAGCUGGAUGCAAUUUCCUCUACCAAUGACACCCAUGAAAAAGACAUAAGUUCCCAAAGUGAGUCUGACAUCACACAAGAAUCACCUUUUACAUCAGCUGACACUGGGAAUUCAAGGUCUGCUUUUCCAAGUUAUACAGGCACAGGGAUCUCUACUGAAGGCAGCUCGGACUUCUCCUGGGGAUAUGGUGAACUUGAUCAAAAUGCCACUGAAAAAGUCCACGCAAUGUUCACAGCCAUUGACGAGCUCUUGUAUGAGCAGAAGUUGAGUGUACAUAUUAAAAGUCUACAAGAAGAGUGCCAACAGUGGACAUGUAGCUUUCCUCACCUCAGGAUUCUGGGUAGGCAGAUAAUCACUCCAAGUGAAGGUUAUGGACUGUAUCCUAGGUCCCCUUCUGCUGUUUCAGCUUCACAUGAGGCAACACUGUCUCAAGAAAGAGAUUCUACUAUAUUUGGUAUUAGGGGAAAGAAGUUACAUUUUUCAUCUUCAUAUGCUCCUAAAGCAUCUUCCAUUGCCAAAUCCCCUAGCUUGUGUUCUAUGGAAAGAGAAGACUGUAUAAUCUUCUCAGAAGGAAUAAUAGAGGAAUACCUAGCAUUCGACCACACAGAUAUGGAAGAGGGGUUUCAUGGAAAGAAAUCAGAAGCAGCUACAGACAAACAGAAAUUAGGGUACCCACCCAUUGCUCCAUUUUACUGCAUGAAAGAGGAUGUCCUUGCUUAUGUGUUUGACGAUGUGUGGAGCAAGGUCCUAAGCUGUAUGGAGCAGCUGACACGUAGUCACUGGGAGGGAUUCGCUUCUGAUGAUGACAGUAAUGUUGCAAUCACCAGACCAGCUUCAGAAAGCCCCUGUGUGCUGAAUGAACAACAACCUUUGGUCUUACCUCGAGUGCCACAGUCUAAGGUGCUGUCCAUCACCUCAAAUCCGAUGAGUCUCUGUCAAGCAGCAAGUGGUCAUCAGCCAAAUGUGAAUGGUCUCUUGGUUCAUGGGAUGCCUCUACAGCCAAGAAAUCUCUCCCUAAUGGACAAGCUCCUAGAUCUUGAUGACAAGCUACUUAUGAGGCCUGGGUCCAGUACCAUCCUUUCAACUCGAAAUUGGCCAAAUCGAGCCCUGGAGCUUAGUACAUCAUUUCUGUCAUAUACAGUGCAGUCCGCCAGGAGACGCAAUCCCCCACCACGUACCCUUCAUCCCAUCAGCACAAGCCAUUCACGCGCUGGAACACCAAGACCUAUGGAAGAAAUACUCAGAGGAUCCCGAGUCCCAGUGGCAGCCGACUCACUCUCCUCUCCCUCACCACUGCCCCUGAGUCGAAACAAUCUGCUGCCACCUAUUGGCACAGCUGAAGUGGAACACUUGAGCACUGUGGGGCCACAAAGGCAAAUGAAAACCCAUGGCGAUUCCAAUCGAGCUCAAAGUGCAGCGGUGGAUGAGCCUAACCAUCAGCAGCCCCACGAGAGGCUCCUUUUACCAGACUUUUUCUCCAGGCCUAACACAACUCAGUCAUUUUUGCCGGACACACAGUAUCGUCGUUCAUGUGCUACUGAGUAUCCUCAUCAGGUCCAACCUGGUAGGGGAUCUGCACGAACAGGCCCUCAGUUACAUGGAUCUACAAAAUCUCAAAACAGAGGUGGACCAAUCACUAGAACCAGGCAGGGACCAUAGGGCAAGUGAGAAGAACCUGCCUCAGGCUGCAGGGAACAUGUGGGAAGAUUUCACAAAUCAGUGUUCAGUCAUCUCAUGAUGCACAGCUUGUAAACAGGAGACAACUUGAAACUAUCUUCAUGAAGAGUUAUUUUGGUACAACAGACUGAGAACAGUAUCAGCCAAAGAUUACAUGGGUACUGUUUCUAUCUCCAGUUACUGUCUUCUUUCAGCAUAAGUUAACCAUUUCACUGGACAGUAAAAUUUGUACCCAAAGAUGUAACAAGAGUAAUAUCCUCCAAAUCACUGUUCAUGUUGUCUGUUAACAAUGAUCAGUUCAGUUAUUACAGGAUUCUACCAGACUAUACAUACACAAAAAGUAGGAAAUUAUUUGAUAACAUUAUCACUGGCUUCAGAAUGCUUCUGCUUGUGUUAAUUUCUGGACAGGUGUACUCACUUUUACGUCAUUUUUAGGAGACAGUGCUGUCAAAAAUCUGAGCUACUCAUCAAACAGAUGAGUCGUUCCUAAAGUUUUCUCUUUAGAUGUCCAAUCCCAUAGGCAGACAGAUAUGGCAGGGGUGAGUAACUAAAGACAUAAAUGUUGAGCACUGGUGUAAAGUAACCUAUGUAAUAAACCAUAAUGGAUUUCUUUUUUCAGAUAGGACAACUCAACCUCACAACACCUGCUUGACAUCAGGUUAUGCUUCUUUUCUUCUUAAAGUACUUUAGUGGUCGUAUUUAUUUCCAAAUAUUAAACUCAACUUGCUGAUUUUCUCCUGCAGAUCUAAGAAA